AUGACAUUUGCUGGUGCGAAUACCUCGGAUUGGAGUGAAAAUGGUACCGGUCUGUAUGUGACCACCACUUACAGCACAAAGCCAUCGCAUUCCACUGGUUCUGAUUCAUUUGGUGGACUGACGUUUGAGAAUGCGACGUUGGCUCGUAUGAUGUACGUGUUAGUUGCUUUAACAGGCAUUCUUGUCAUAUACUUCGGAGCCAGAGUAUGGAGAACACGGCGUCAGAAGAACGAGAGGAUUUAUGACGUGCUGCCCGUUCAUCAGCUGAACGUCAACGACGAAUCAGACUCGGAAUCAGAGGACGAAAUUUUUGACAAUGCUCAACGAAGCUUGGUGUCCAGUCAGGUGCGACGGUGA